AUGCCGUCCAAGAACGACUACCUUACGCCAGAUCAGGCUAAUAUCUCAUCCACCAAGUCCCAUCACCAAGACUACAACCUUGGCAAUGACGAACAUGGUGUUUACGAUCCUGCUGCUACUUACUACAAUUCCGAGGCCAGGCACGAGGGCCGCUUCCACAAUCGAAGUCGUACAUAUUCUCAGAAUGGCUUGUCACAGCAAAUAGAGCGCCUGGCAUUGGUAGAGCCACAUCGGCGAGGAAGUCACGAUGAGUCAAGCAGACCCCAUUCGCGCCAAUUUCUUGUUAACGUGGACCAUACUCUUGAGAGCUUGGCAGCGCAGGAAGACACGGACGGAAACAUGCAGAUCACUAUUGAAGACACUGGUCCCAAGGUCAUCUCUUUAAGAACCGCAGGGUCUGGCGGACAUAACCGUUUCGAUAUCCGAGGAACUUACAUGCUCUCCAAUCUUUUGCAAGAGCUUCAUAUGGCCAGAGAAUUCGGCCGAAAGCAAGUAAUCCUCGACAUUGGCCGACUCAACGAGAAUCCUGUGAGCAGGCUAUCUCGAUUGAUCAAGGAUCAAUUCUGGGAAGGCUUAACCCGAAGAAUCGAUGCCUCUAGCAUUGAGAUCGCUGCCAAAGAUCCAAAAGACUGGACUGAUGACCCGCGUCCCCGAAUCUAUGUUCCACCUGGUGCUCCUGAGCAAAUAGAGUAUUACCGAAAGGUAGCGGCUGAUCGUCCAGAGCUCCGAUUGGAUGUUCAGGUGCUCCCAGAAACCAUCACACCGGAUUAUGUCCGAGACCUGAACGAUGCGCCGGGGUUGCUUGCUGUGGAAAUGGAAGAAGUCACAGACCCCAAGACAGGUGAAAAGACGCUGCAAGGUCUUCCAUUCGUCGUUCCCGGCGGUCGCUUCAACGAGCUUUACGGCUGGGACAGCUACAUGGAGUCCCUAGGGUUGCUGGUGAACGAUAAAGUUCAUCUAGCCAAGUCAAUGGUCCAAAACUUCUGCUUCUGCAUCAGACACUACGGCAAGAUUCUCAACGCGACUCGAUCCUAUUACCUCUCUCGAUCUCAGCCCCCUUUCUUGACGGAUAUGGCUUUGCGAGUUUACGAGAAGAUCAAGCAUGAACCUGGCGCUCUUGACUUCCUUCGCAUUGCUCUUUUGGCAGCUAUCAAGGAGUACUACUGUGUCUGGAUGGCGGAGCCGCGGCUCGACCCCAAAACCGGGCUCUCGAGAUAUCGGCCUGAAGGUUUUGGAGUGCCUCCUGAGACGGAAGCAACGCAUUUCGUACACAUUCUCGAGCCCUAUGCCAAGAAGCACAACCUGUCCUUCAAAGAGUUCAUUCGAGCUUACAACCACCACGAAAUCCACGAACCCGAGCUUGACGAGUACUUCCUUCACGAUCGAGCUGUGCGAGAGUCUGGUCACGAUACCUCCUACCGUCUAGAACACGUAUGUGCUAACCUUGCCACGGUGGACCUCAACUCGCUUGUUUACAAGUAUGAGAUGGAUAUUUCUCGUACCAUCCGCAACGUCUUUGGUGACAAGUUCACCAUCCCGGCUGAGUGGUGUGGUGGCUCCAUGUCGGCUGGCCAACUUGAGACGUCGGCCAUCUGGGACCGAAGAUGGAAGAGACGCCGGGCUGCUAUGCAUAAGUAUAUGUGGAACGAGGAGAAGGGCAUGUACUUCGAUUAUGACACAGUCAAGCAGGAAACGUGCUCAUACGAAAGUUGCACCACUUUCUGGCCACUGUGGGCUGGCGUGCCCGACCCUGAGAAAGCUGCCAAGGUGGUCGCAAAUGCAGUGCCGUUGUUCGAAGCAUAUGGUGGCCUGCUGUCCGGUACAAAGAAAUCUCGGGGCGAGAUCAGUCUUGAGCGACCGAAUCGACAAUGGGACUACCCAUAUGGGUGGGCACCGCAACAAAUGCUUGCAUGGACAGGCCUGUAUCGAUAUGGAUACCAUGAGCUAUCCGAGAAACUUGCUUACAAGUGGCUCUUUAUGAUUACCAAGGCAUUCUUCGAUUACAACGGUGUCGUGGUUGAAAAGUACGAUGUUACGCGGCCAAUUGAUCCUCACCGAGUCGAUGCUGAGUACGGAAACCAAGGUCUUGACUUCAAGGGUGUUGCCAAAGAAGGUUUUGGCUGGGUCAAUGCCAGCUAUGUUUAUGGUCUUCAGUUUGUCACUACGGAAAUGAGGCGAGCUCUAGGUGCUCUCACUCCGUGGGAGACUUAUGACCGAGCACAGCAAAUCAGGGAAGAGAAAAUUCUCGAGGACUUGGCUUAA